AUGAAGUACAACGACAGAGAAUUGGUACGACUUGGAGAGCAAGAAUCAGAUCUCGAAGGUAUACUACACCAUAUCAAACCUCAGCAAAACGACUGGACAGACUGGUACCAAAGGCCUUGUUUCAAAGAGAGGUACUUCAAAUUGAUAAACAACCUAUUAUUCUACUAUAGAGUCGAAGAUAAGGAAGAACCAUUAGGUGUUCUGGUUUUGGAGAAUGCUCAAGUUGCUUAUGAACGGCCUCAUAGAGGCAUACCUUUUGCAUUUUCUCUUAUUUUUAAAGUGAAUGAUAGAGUGAAAGAUGAUGAGUCUAAACACAUAUUUUCCUGUCGCUGUGAUGCUGAUGUCUCAAAAUGGGUAACAGUCUUGAAAAAAGCAUCCUAUGAAUAUUGGAGAUCACAGUAUGUUAUACUAAAAACAAAGAUUAGUAUGAAAACAGGUGUUGACCCUGUAUUAGAAUACAUGAAAAGCAAGAACAGUGUUAGUGUGGAAAGAACAGAAGUGAAAAGGAAAGCUAAAGAAACCAAACCAACUUUCUAUAGUCAUAUAGAAUCAUCAAGUUUUAUAGCUUAUACAAGUGAUAAAAAUUCAGCAACAGCCCACAGUGAGAAUGAUACCAUUGAUAAUCUCAUUUCAUUGUGA